AAAAUCAAAUUUGGGCAAAAAUGAGAAAAAAAUCAAAAUUUUACCAAAUUAACCUAAAAAGCUGACAUUUGGGAUAUACCUUAUCUUUGACCUGCCAAAUCGAUUGGAAACGGUUUCAACCCGUUUUGAGCAGUUCUGGAGCCUCCAAUAAUUUUUCAAACUUGAAAUUUUCACGAAAUUUCAUCAAAUGGCACUGGAAAUCCGAAAUUCACGCCCCACUCCAAUCUAGGCACCUAUUAAGCCGACUGCUGGUAGAUUUAAUUCAUUUUGGAGACUCCAGCGACUUUUUGAAAAUUUCUGGAGUCUCCAGUAGAUUUUUGAAACUUGAAAUUUCCACAAAAGAGUUGAGACCUUUCCCCAAAAAUUUCCCCUCUUUGAGGACCCACAUCUUCCCUAUAAAAGCACCUCUGGAGCUAAAAAUGUUUUCUGAUUAUCCUUCGACUUAAAAUGAAAGAGUUCGAUAGAUUAGGUCAAAAUCCUUCGAGAUUAUUUUUUUUUCGCGAUCUGCCCCAAUGUUCAUAUUGUUAAAAUUCCAUUUUGGAUACGAAUACUCUCUCACAUGAAACUUUCAACAUUUACACACUAUAUAGGCUCUUAUCAAGAUGUAGGUACAUUUAAAUGAUAAAAAAAAUAUCAUUUGAACAAACUAAGUAACACAACUGGGCAAAUAAAUAAUACCUUAAUUCAUUUUAGAAGAGAUUAUGUCGUAUAUUUUUUGAAAGGAACCAGUCAUACCUAAAAAUAAUCAUGUAGCACUCAAAGUAGACUUCAGUUGAAACCAGAAUCACUUCACGUUAAGUGCUUACAUCUGUGACAGUGCUGGCAGUAAAAGUAACCGAAAAAUAUGAAUUUUGAAAAAGAAUCCAAUGGCGUUAACGAUCCAUGCAUUGCUCAGAAAUUAUUGCAGGAGUCGAGCCAGCCUGGCAACAGGCAAUCAACAAAACCGACUCAGUUCUGGUUCUCGAAACGAUUCCUCGUUGUGAUCUUGUUACUUCUGGGCAACUUGAACACAGCCUUGUUGAAGAAUAAUCUGAAUAUUGCAAUCGUUGAAAUGCUGUCCAAAAAAAACAUCACUGAUGGCAAUGAAACCAAAAGCGUGUCAGAGUACGACUGGGAUUCAAAAAUGGUAGGCGUUAUUCAAAGCUCCUAUGCAUAUGGAUACAUAUUUACAGUAUUCGGUGCACCUAUAAUAAACAAAUUGGGAGGAGCUGUCACGUAUGGAACAUCGAUACUAAUGAUGGCCAUCAUGAACUUAUUAACUCCAGGUUCUUUAAAGAUUGAUUUUUUCGUAUUUCUGGGAUCCAGGAUAAUUUUAGGAAUUCUUGACGGCAUCGCUUACAUGGGCGGUCUGGAAUUGCUGUCACGUUGGGCACCACUUCGAGAAAGAUCGAGAAUAAUGUCUUUAAGUUUUUGCGGAAUAUAUAUAGGGGUAGCGGUGUCUUAUCCUAUUUGUGGAAUUAUAGCCACUUAUUUGGGCUGGCAGGCUGUAUUCUACUUUUCAGGCAUAUUUGGUAUUAUUUGGUCAACACUGUGGUUACUUCUGGUACGAAAUCAACCUUCCAAAGAUAAAUGGAUGUCGAAAAAAGAACAAUCGUACAUCAUGGAAAACACAGAGACGACUCCAAGGAAGCAAAUCGUCCAUCCUUAUAAAAAAAUCUUCACUUCGCCCCAAGUGUGGGCUCUGUGUAUAGGCAAGUUUACCUAUAGCUGGGGAUUCACAUUGUUGGUGAUAUGUUUUCCACUCUAUGUCAAACACAUGACCGGACGAACUACGGACGAAGUAGGUAUGAUAUCCUCUAUUCCGAAUUUCGUCUGCAUUUGUACUGUUCCAUUGGCUGGAUUUUUACUCGACUUAUGGCAAAAUAAUAGCAAGCUUAACGUUACUCAGAUUCACAAGAUCAUCAUGUGCACAGGAUUCAUUUCAGGAGCGAUUUUAUUUGUGAUAGCUUCUCAAAGUUCCAAUUUUACUUUGUCCAUGACUUGCUUCGUGCUCAUCAAGUUCAUCAUAUCUUUCAAUUUUCUUAUUUUACAAAUGGUUUGUUUAUACAUGUCACCUACUCAUUCCAGUAUACUGGCUGGAAUGUCAUCAUGGUGGUUUACUGCCAGUGUGGUUUUGAUACCAAACGUAGUAGGAUUCAUAGUACAAAAUGGCAGCUUACAAGAGUGGAGUAUAUGUUUCCUUUUAUCCGGAGGUAUCCUUUUCGCCGGAGCUAUGAUAUUUUUAAUUUACGGUUCCAGCGAACUGCAGCCAUGGUCCAUGUCACAACCUUCGAAUGCUGAGAAACAAUUCGGUAUUGAAACUGAAAAAAACUAAUCUCCCUUGAACUUGAGCUUUGUACGGUUUUACUUUUUCGCAAGUAUAUUUUUCAAAUGAUUUUUGUCCAAGUUUUAUUGCAUCUCAAAUUCAUUUCGAAAAUUUCUCAGGUGCUCUCAGUUCUUAUUUUUAUACGUACUUA